UGGAAGCAGGUAAUCCUUCACUGAAGCAAAAAUGAUGAAGAAGGUCUUCUUUACAACGCUGCUGCUCCUGCUGUGUGCAUUUGUGACUAUACAAGGCAUGCCAACCUCCAAGAGACAGCGCUGUCUUUGUCGAGGAAAAGACUUGCCCUCUGUCCAAAUUCAUCGCAUUGCUGAAGCGGAAUUCCACCGGCCGAGUGCCAGCUGUGAUCGGGAGGAGCUGAUUGUCACAUUAAAACCCAAAGGGAGAAAGAAAUGCCUGAAUGUUAACUUGGAGCAAGGCAGGAUAAUAAAAGAGGCAAUUAUGAAGAAAAAGAAAUAAUUGAUCUCCAGACACAGAAAAGAAGAAUGUGAAAAAAAAUCCACAUUUUCUGGUCAACACUAUCAACUAUUUCAAUACAGGAGGCAUUUGGCAAAGAGUAUUUACGAUACCUUCAUGAGCAGCUAAGAACCUAUAGACCAGAAUGGUGUGUGCAUGUUGCGUGUGCAUGCAUGUUGAGAGAGGGAAAAACAGAAAUACCUGAUUACUCAAUGCUGUGGUUGAACUAGCCCAGGUUGUACAACCUCAGAGAAAGAUUUGUACAGACAUAGCAGAGUCGUCCAACCAUUUAAAGCAAGGUUUCUGAUAUAAUGAUGCAUUGACAUAGGGGAAAGUUGCAGCCUUGCUCAUGUUUUGACUUUAUUUUUGUUUAAUGGGAUGUUACUACAGUCCAGCAGACAAAUGCAUAUCCAUGAACUAAUAAAAAACUUUAAAAAGCAAAUAAUACCUUUUCUUAAAAAAGGUAUAGUCACGGUGGUAAAGAAUAUGUCCCUUGUUAUCAGUGAUGGCAUAGGCACUAGCCAAUAGGUGGCUGUGAUGGUUUCAUGAAACAAUAGCUGAAAGGGAAAAUGAGAUUUAAUCAUGAACGAUGAGUUAGGGUUGCCAGCUUCAGCUUGGGAAAUUCCUGGAAAUUUGGGUGCUGUGCAUGGGGAGGGCAGAAUUUGGGGAGAGGAGGGAGUUCAGUGGCAAAAUAAUGCCAUAGACGCUAUCCUCCCAAGUUAUCUCAGUAGACUGGAGGUCAGUUGUAAUUCCAGGAGAAAUCCAGAUCCCACCAGGAGGCUGGCAGCCCUAGAUAAUAUCUGCAUUCCGUGUCAUCUUCAUUCUCCACCCCCACCCAUGGCCAAUAAAUCAGUCUCAAAAGUAACAUUUGAAAAAUCUCUGUAUACAUUUAUGGAAGCCUGACUUCCAAAUAUGUAGGAACUCCAGUACCUCUUUUUAGAACUCACACACUGGCAUCUGCCCAUGAGCAGAGCAGCCCUAUGGCCUGUUCUUAGAAAGGUAAAGUGUACCAUCAAGUCACAACCAACUCAUGGUGACUCAACAAGCUUUCUCCUUGUGGGGUUAUCAAGGCGAGAGACAAGCUGGGGUGGUUUGCCAUUGCCUGCCUCUGCAUAGCAGCCCUAAACUUCCUUGGUCCUCUCCCAUCUAAGUACAGAGUGUGGGCAACCCUGCUUAACUUCCAAGUUCUGACAAGCUCAGUCUAGUCUCUAAUUACAUGUAGGUUGAUGUUUCCAACCAAGCACACACUUGCCGUUUCCACACACACUGGAUAAUGCACUUUCAAUGCACUUGAGCAAUCCUUUGGAAGUGGAUUUUUUGUUUCACACACGAAAACCCAGUUCCAAAUGAUUGCAUUGAAAGUGCAUUAUCCAGCGUGUAUGGAAGCAGCCACUGUGUUUCAAAGUCUACCCCGUCAGCGAUUCUAGACAGUCAGGAAAGGAACACCAAGUACAAUACGGCUCAGGCCUCCUUAGGGUUAUCCUUUUUUACUCGUUUUUAUAGCAAUAAUAAUAAUUGUGUGCUGUCAAGUCACAAUUGACUCACGGCAACUCCAGGACGAUGGGGUUUUCGAGGCAAGAGACCAGCCUAAGUGGUCUGUUGUUGCCUUGCUCGGCAUAGCAGCUUCAGUCUUCCUUGGUCGUCUCCCAUCCAAGAGCCAACCCUGCUUAACUUCUAAACUCUGAUGAGAUCUAGCCUAUUAAGGUUGCUAUAGGAACUUUUCUUAACCAUUCUAAAAUUAUCCAGGCCAGUGUUUUUCUAGUUUACUACCUCUAGGGAACCCAUUCCAGGCUGCUCCCUCUGCCAAGAAACACUAAAUCAAGUAGUAGAUUUCACACUCAGUUCACACAGGUCCCUUGGCCCAGGCCGUAUCAUUCUGCAUGAAUUAGGGCACAUUCCACAUUUCCCUACUCUUUGGAUUUUCAGAAUUGCACAUUGAGUUCAAGUUGUCUUUCGGGGGGGAAAUGCCUAUCUUUUCUGAAUUUCUCAUCCAGGAACUCCCAAUAAGCUUCUCAAGGACCUAGGGUUGCCAGCUCCAAGUUGGGAAAUUCCUGGAGAUCUGGGGGGGUGAAACCUGGAGAAACCUGGAGAAAGUGGGGUUUGGAGAGGGAAAUGACCUUGGCAUGGCAUAAUUCCUUAGAGUCCACCCCCAAAGUAGUCGUUUUCUCCAGGUGAACUGAUGUCUGUGGUCUACAGACCAGUUGUAAUUCCAGGAGAUCUCCAGCCACUUCUGGAGGCUGGCAACCCUAAGCUUCAGUAGUACAUUAAUAAUUAAACCAAAGCCUUUUCCUGUUGGUUUUUGGUAGCUCUCCCAAGCUAGUCAGAGACUUGUUUCUUAAAUAUUAGAAAAGAUUGAGGCCUUCAACUAUUGAGUAAGCCAACUUCUACAUAAAACCACAGCCUCUCCAUUGGAAAAAGAGAUUAAUAAAUAAUUGAAAGGAAUUCCUUCCUUUAGUUUCUUUUUCCUUUUAAGGCAAAGAACUUGGUUAAUAGUAAGAGGGUGAGAUAGGAAAUUAAACAAAAAGAAUUUUGCAAUGCGUAUCCUCUAAAAUCUUGAAAGCCCUGAAUGGAAAUACCUUGAACUGGAAUGCCUGUUUGACACUGUUAUUAUCACAGCCACACUAUUAUGUCAUGCCAAAAGAUAAUAGUUUUAUUUUUCUGCCAGAUUUUGUACAGGAUGCUAACUGAUGGUAAAAAAAAAACAGGUUUUUUUUAAGGGCCAUCUGGCUAUUCUCUGGCCAAAGUCUUUAGCAUGUUCUCCUGAAGCCAAGCCUACCUACCAGAUGUAAGGUGGCGUAGUUAUGUAAAACUGGGUUUCCUAGUCUGUCUAAAAAUGUGGAAAGUUAAGAGCAGUUUGUUUUUGGUGAGUGAGAGCAAAAAAACCCAACAACGGUUCUAGAGUUUGGUUUUAGCUGUCAGAAACAGCUUUGAGAAUUCCACUGGGAUAGCUUUGGACCAGUGCAUGACCUUUGUACCGGUUUCCUAUCUACCCAACAUGUAUAUAAUU